AUGGCUCCGGGUGCUUUGAAGAUGAUGUGGGGCAGCGUGGAAAUGGCCCUGACCGGCUUCUGCGCCAUCCUGCUCUGCUGUGUCCCAGUGCUGGCUGGCUUCCGCCGGGUGACCUUCUUCCCAGCCAUGUUAACUCUCCCUGUGGGCAGCUCAGCCACCUUCUUCUGCAACAUCUCCAUGGAGAGCAGCUCUGGCUUGGAGUACAGCCUCAAUUGGUACAAGGAGACCAACCACAGCCAAGGCCAAAAAAUCGCUGAGAUCAGCCGGAACAACCCCCAGACAAAGACAGAGAAGUACCUGCUCACCAACCACACUCCUGCCUUCAAGAUGGAGAUCCUGAACCUUCACCAGAAUGACUCGGGCUCCUACUACUGCGGGCUGAUCACCUUCUUUGAACCCGACAAAGUGAUGGAGAGUAAUCGGUCCCACCUGGUGGUCACAGCAGCCCCUGAGAAGACAAGUGCCACCGACGCGCCUGAUACAGAGGAAAGCAAUAAUCUGGACCACAUCAAGGCCCUACUCCUGGGUACCCUAAUGCUGGCUGGGGUGGUUGUGCUGCUGAUCUUUGGCUACCUCACCGUCACAUACAGGAGAGGAGAUGUGCAGAAACCACCAAGUGAAAACAGGCAAGCGAAGGAAGAGAAGCCCCCCAUUGUGUCCGUGUCUACUGUGGACUAUGGUGAGCUGGAGUUUCAGAGGGACCAGCACACGCAGUUCCCCCCUGAGACCCAGCCGGUCGACCAGACCGAAUACGCCACCAUCGUCUUCCCAGAGGAGAAACCUGUCACACCGGAGCGGGGGAAGAAACACCAGGACGAGAGGACUCGGCAGCUGCAGUCGCAGCCCUGCUGA